GAACCCAGGUCGGUGCCGUCGUCCCGCUGCUCCGUCGGUUACAUCAGCGCGCGUAACUCACAACUGCAGCUCGACCGGCCGAAUGCGAAGCGGGCCCUCGCCUUCGUGAAGAAUGAAUCAUGGGACAGCGUUACUGUGGAAACGACGUGUGAAGGCAGAUUGUCACUGAAAGUCACCCUGAGGAAUCGGUGACGCACCAUCUCCUCCCAGAGGGGCCUGCAGCUCGGGACAACAAAGAGAAAGUGGAGCUCGGCGCGACGUCCGGAGGCUGCACCGCUGCGCGUUAGUCCAAAAGCGUCCAGGCCCGCGCGGUAACCGGAGAACCGAGCCUGAGGGACGGCCUCGCGGUGCGAAGUUGCCAAAUUCUGUUGCAGUAUGUCAGCCACUCGGAUGCAGCUGCUGUCACCCAGAAACGUGCGGCUCCUGAGCCGCGGGCGGACCGAGUUGUUCGCCGGCGGCGGCGGCGGCGGCGGUCCCGGGGUCCGCUCACUGACCUGUCCCCCUCUGUCCUCCUCCUCCUCCUCCUCCUCUCCCGGCAGGGCCCUGUCGAGUCUGAGUGCCACGCGUCGCGGGCUGCCCCAGGGGAAGAUGUCCGAGAACGGAGUGGUGUCCCGGGCCAAGGUGCUGACCAUCGACACCAUGAACCCCACGGUGAAGAAGGUGGAGUACGCGGUGCGGGGCCCCAUCGUGCAGCGGGCCCUGGAGCUGGAGCGCGAGCUCUCAGAGGGAAUGAAGAAGCCAUUUGUGGAGGUCAUCAAGGCCAACAUCGGUGACGCACAUGCUAUGGGACAGCAGCCAAUCACCUUCUUCCGACAGGUGUUGGCACUGUGCUCCUACCCUGAACUGUUGAAUGACAAAACAUUCCCAGAGGAUGCUAAAAGUAGAGCCCGCCGCAUUCUGCAGUCCUGUGGAGGGAACAGUAUGGGCUCCUACAGCGCCAGUCAGGGCAUUGACUCUGUGCGUCAGGAUGUGGCCCUCUACAUCGAGCGACGGGACGGCGGUGUGCCCUGUGACCCAGAUAAUAUUUACCUCACCACGGGGGCCAGCGACGGCAUUGUGACCAUGCUGAAGCUGCUGAUGUGCGGCGAAGGUGCGGCCCGCACGGGCGUCAUGAUCUCCAUACCUCAGUAUCCCCUGUAUUCGGCAGCGUUGGCCGAACUGGGCGCCGUGCAGAUCAACUAUUAUCUCAACGAGGAAAACUGCUGGAGCAUGGACAUCAGCGAGCUGCAGCGUGCCCUGGAUGAAGCUCGGCAAUACUGCAACCCGAGGGCCCUGUGCAUCAUCAACCCUGGAAACCCCACCGGUCAGGUUCAGAGCAGACAGUGCAUCGAAGAUGUAAUCCGAUUUGCAGCGCAGGAACGCCUCUUCCUCAUGGCUGAUGAGGUGUACCAGGACAAUGUGUACGCUGACGGUUGCCAGUUCCACUCUUUUAAGAAGGUUCUGUUUGAGAUGGGGCCAGAGUACUCAGAUACAGUGGAGCUGGUUUCCUUCCACUCCACUUCAAAGUGCUACAUGGGAGAGUGUGGCUUCCGUGGAGGCUACAUGGAGAUCAUCAACAUGGACGAUGAGGUGAAGGCCCAGCUGACGAAGCUGGUGUCGGUGCGUCUGUGUCCUCCUGUUCCUGGUCAGGCUCUAAUGGACCUGGUGGUCAACCCUCCGCAGCCGGGGGAGCCUUCAUACGAGAGCUUCAUCAAGGAGCGCACAGCCACCCUUAGUGCCUUAGCGGAGAAGGCCAAACUUACAGAGCAGGUUCUCAACACUGUGCAGGGCCUCAGCUGCAAUCCUGUGCAGGGUGCCAUGUACUCCUUCCCUCGCAUAACCAUCCCCGAAAAAGCCAUCAAAGAGGCCAUGGACCUAGGUCAGCAGCCAGAUAUGUUCUACUGCAUGAAGAUGCUGGAGGAGACCGGAAUCUGCCUCGUCCCUGGGAGCGGCUUUGGCCAGAAGGACGGAACCUACCACUUCAGAAUGACCAUCUUGCCACUGAAAGACAAGCUGCAGAUUCUGCUGAACAAAGUCAAGGAGUUCCACCUGAAAUUCACCCAACAGUAUUCUUAAAUUUACCCCAUUGUUUGUUUUUUUUCCCCUCCCCUCCAUUCACAAAGGGAAGGAGGUCACCAACUACAACAAAGAACUCUGCCAAUCACAAUUUCUCUCAAGUGCCUUCCCUACGGCGGCUCUGGUGGUCUCUGUGACGACGCACUUAAGCCUCCAUGGCUCUUUCAUUUGGACACUGGUGGACAGUAAGACAAGGCACUGGUUUCUGUCAGAAAACCAAACUGGAGAUGAAUGAAUUAAGUCAGAGAACUUGUGUCAGUUUGGUAGGAAAAUUAUGGCUUCAGCUAGUUUUGUUUCUGGUUUUGUAUUAACCGUAGAUCUGUGUAUUUGUGAGUACAAGAGCGUAGAUUGUCUAUGUCGAUGCCAAGCUUAAAAAAAAACUACGGUACAAUUGAAGAAAAUGUGAUGCUGCUUUAAACCUUGAGUAAAUGUACAACUGGAUGAAAAAUUGCAUUCCUGCAGACUUGUACUAGGCGGGUAGAAUGUAGAGGAAAGCCUAAUUUGCAUGAUUAUUCAGAAAUGAUUUUGUAAAAUGAAAAUAAAUGUAACCAUCUA